CUUCUCUACAGUGAACUUCUAUAUAAUGAAGCUCUCCUUAUAAUGAACUGGUUUCGAAGACACUGCUUUUUCGUUCUACUUUCGGUGUAUUUUUGUCUCCUUAUAAUGAAUUUCUAUAUAGUGAAGUUUUCUAUAUAAUGAACAAAUUUUACAGCUGGAAAUUCAAGCGUCCUAAGUUUUUGUCUCCAUAUAGUAAAUUUUUUCAAAAGUUUUCUGUUGCAAAAAAUUACAGUUAGAUGUGGACAAACUGUAAUGAGGGGAAUCCCAAAAUUAAAACAGAAAGAGCUGAGCUAUUACAGUUUUAUUCAGUGAUUGAAGUUAAAAUGACGGAUCGAAGCAGCAUUUCGCUUGAAAAAAAGUUAUUAAUGAUUAACAAAAUUAAUGAAGGAAAGAAAAAAAAAAAGAUAUUGCCAAUGAGUUCGGAGUUCUUCCCAGCACUUUAUCAAAUAUUUUAAAAAAUAAGGAAGUGAUUUUAAAUGAUUUUGAAUGGGUAACGAACGUCUUACCGAAAUUAAUUGGAAAUUACAACAUUAACGGCAUUUUUAAUGCCGACGAGACUGCUUUGUUUUUCAAAUGCUUGCCAACUAAAACACUGGCAUUCAAAAAUGAAAAAUACUUUGGUGGGAAGCAAAGCAAGGAGAGAAUAACUGUCCUGGUGGGAAGCAAUAUGACUGGAUCAGAAAAGCUAAAAUUGCUGGUAAUCGGAAAGGCCAAAAAUCCGAGGUGCUUCAAGGGAAUAAAAUCUUUAGGUGUCGAUUAUGAGUUUAACAAAAAAGCAUGGAUGACCAGUGAGAUUUUUACGAAAUGGAUUGUAAAACUCGACAAAAAAUUUAGUGAUCAAAACAGAAAGGUGUUGUUUUUUGUUGAUUACUGCACUGCCCACCCUAAAGAUGUAAGAGACAAGUUGAGAAACAUUAAUCUCGCUUAUUUUCCUCCCAACAUGACUUCGUUACUGCAACCAAUGGACCAAGGCAUUAUCUACAACAUGAAACAACAUUACAGAAAACGAAUUUUAACGAAUAUAUUAACUCAAGUGGAUGAGGGAAAUUCUGUUAUGGCCAUAGACUUGCUGCAAGCAGUUCGAAAUCUUAGCAAUGUAUGGAAUGCCUAUGUUAAACCAGAAAUAAUUGCCAACUGUUUUAAAAAGGCUGGAUUUUCAAAAGAUGCUAUGCAGACUCCAUUUGAGCAUUGGGAUGAAGAGGACCUUCUUUCAAUAUCGGAUUUGGCUGCUUUACAGUCUUCAUUUAAAAAAGUAGCAAAUAUCGAAGCAUCGUUUGAUGACUACGUAAAUGUUGAUAAUGGUGUGCAGACUUGGGACAACCCAUCCGAAGAUGAUAUUCUCAACAGCAUUUUUGAAAUUCGCGGAGUUCCAGCUGAACCUGAUAACGAUGAACACGAUUUGACCGUUGAAGAAUUGGCAGAAACUGAGGAGGUAUUACCUACGCUGAUACAAGCUGCUUCAUCCAUUAGCGUAAUUAGAACCUUUGUGGAAAUGAGGAGUGACGUGCCGAUUAAUGCUUUCAACUCUCUACAUGAUUUGGAAACUUUUAUUGAAAAUGAAAAAUGGAAGACUGUAAUUCAAACCAAACUCACUGAUUACACUGCCCUGCAUCGGUUUUGCGAAUAAGAUGGG